AUGACAAUUAAAAUAGCGGCUUGCGACUUAAACGACGACGUUUUUAAACCCAAGGGCAGAGUUCAUGAGCGUAAAGAAGAAGGGGAAUUUGUGAAUGGAGUGUACGUACGGUACAAGGGCAUGAGUUGGUUUAUCACGGGCUUGUUCAUGAUCGGAGAGCUCGCUGGAGGUGGACUGGUCACAUUGCCGGUGGCAACAGUGCGAACAAGUAAGCUUUGACGAGCUCCGGAGUUCAUCUACAGACACUUUUUCACACAUAUGUCCAUGUUGUUGCAGGUAUAUACGCUUGUGUGAUGUUCACGGCAUUUAUGGCUAUUUCGAUGACAUUUACAGCCAUCUUGAUAGGGAAAUGUUGGGUGAUGUUGGUGGAGCGUUUCCCCGAAUACCGGUAUCAUACGAGGAAGCCGUAUCCGGAAAUCGCGAGACGGGCGUUGGGGCCAAAAUUCAAGUAAGUUGUAGUAGUCAACGCCACAAAAAUAUCUCUUUUAUUUUCCCGACAGACUGAUGUUAUCAGUGACUUAUACAAAAAAUGUAAUCUCAACUUUCAGACUCAUAGUCUCGAUCUGCAUCGACAUUGCUCAAUUUGGAAUGACAGUGGUCUAUGUGCUUCUUUCCUCGCGCAACAUUUGCGAUUUGCUCAAGCUCUUCUUUGCGUUCGAAUUCAGCUACUGCUACAUGGUAGUGAUCCUGGCGGCGGUCCUCUUGCCCGCCACAUUCCUCAAGUCUCCGCAGGACUUUUGGCCAGCCGUUAUUGUGGCCAUGUUCACCUCAACAUUUGCGGCUGCAUUCAUUUUGGCCGGCGGAAUUAUUGAUCAUGACACUUGCGAGCCGGAGAAGCAAAUGCCUCCGUUUCUGUUGGACAAUCAUUUGCUGGCGGUGGGGACCUUCUUCUUCGCGUACGCGAAUCAUCCCAGCUUCCCGACGCUUCAGCACGACAUGAAAGUUCCGCAGGACUUCAACAAAGCAACGCUGUUUGCUUUUGGACGUAAGUUGUGGGCGCAGUUUGCGUACGUGGCUGUCGGGAAAAUAGUGAGCAAGAUGUCGCUACGCCAAUCGCUGAAUUUAAAAGCAAUUUGAUUUUCUCGCGACACAAUUCAUUUUCUCAGUGGCGAUGCGAUUUUCGAUGCGACAAUGUGCUCAUUAUUUUCCCGACAGACUGAUAAAACCAUCGUUUUUUCCAUUUUCAGUAACAACUGCUCUUUAUCUCCCCGUCUCGGUGCUGAGCUACUACGCUUAUGGCGACUCGGUAAAGGACUCAAUCAUCAACUCCAUACAGACGAAAUGGCUUCAAAUUGGAAUCAACAUCAUGAUCACUCUCCAUUGUAUCCUCACAAUAACAAUUGCAUCCAAUCCGCUAAAUCAAGAGGCUGAAGAGGUCUUCAAAACCCCGCAAAGUAGGCUUGACAAGUUUGUGAUUGAAGCCUAGCAAGAAAAUAUAUUUUAAUUGAUGUUAUAGUACUAAUUGAAUCGUUUCAGCUUUCGGAAUCAAGCGAGUAAUUGUCCGAACGGGCAUGAUGAUGAUAGUCGUCUUUGCCGCGCUUUCUGUGCCUCAGUUCGGUGCUUUAAUGGAUCUUUGCGGCUCGACAGGAAAUAUGCUGACGGCGCUGGUAUUCCCAUGCCUAUUCUACCUUCGACUAAAGGCUGGAGAGGAUCCUGAAGCCAAAUCCGGCUUUGUGGACAGCGAUCAACUCACUUGGAGCGAGUAAGUCAAACGCUUAGAGUUUUUGAAGCCUUGCUUCUUUAGCCCUUUGUUUCAAGCUCAAAUUUCAACACAUUUUCUUUCAGGGUAAUCCAAAGGAGUCCCAGAUACAGAACAAUUACAUGUCUAUCAAUUGCAAGUAAGUUUAGGUGGCAAAUCAAAGUCCUCAACAAAUUAUACCAUCAGUCGGUCGGGAAAAUAAUAAGCACAAUGUCGCUGCGCCGAUAUUAUCGCUGAAGCAAAAGGAAAUUUUGCCGCGACGCAAUUCAUUUUCUUGUCGAAUACGAUUUUCGAUGCAACGGAGUGCUCAUUAUUUUCCCGGCAGACUGAUAUUUCACUAGGCAUUAAGCAACACCUCCUUUCAGUUAUCGGGUUGGCCGUCGGAGCCGCCUCGACCUUCUCCGCAAUCAAACAGAUCUCCGUAACGCAUUUUGUUACACCCUGCUAUUUACGGCCCUUCAUCGCGAACAACGAACCGCUCUUCAGCGACAAGAAUGUCAGUGCCGUCGACUGUUGUGGCCAUUUCCAAAACAUCUCCGUCUACGAGGGCACGCAUUGUACGCCGUUUGUCUCACACGUGUAUUGA